GUUCAAAAGCAAGACAUCGGCUAGACGAUCGAUCUCACCCUCGAAGUCGGUCCCAAUACCGGCUGCCCUACCAGUCCAGACUGAGGUCAUAGCCCACAAGGACCCGAAGAGCAAAUUCAAAUGCAAUAUUGAACUGUCUGUGGAAGAACAAGAGGUUGUCAAGACUAUGGAGGCACAAUUGCGAUAUGAACAGGCGAAGUACCUCAAACAGAAAAUUAAGCCAAGUAUUUGGUUGGAAAAGGAACGAGCCGUUCAAACUCGCCAAUUCGAGAGCGUGAAAGCGAGUGUCCAGCAUCAGCUUGAACAAGAAGCAGGACAGCUUCGAAAGGAACAGGAGCAAUCCGGUGUAACUCGGUACCAAAUUGACCUGGAUAAUGCUGCAGUGGAUCAACAAGUUGUGCAAAAUAAGCCGACGGUAGUUACCGCCGCUGAUGCAGCUCGAGUCGCACAGAAGGCCGAACAGACCGCAAAGCAAGUCUCAGAGAUUGGGCCAAAGGAAGAAAGGAAAAGGUUGGAGGAAGCUGCCGCAGAGGAAGAAAAGAACAGAUUGGAGCUUACACCUGCAAAGGCACAAGGAGACUAUAUACUCAGCCUCGAGCACGAAAUCAAGGUCAUCGACGAGAAGCUCAAGAAAGACCAAAAGUCUCUGGAGGUCAUUACAGGCUUGUUGAGCCAACACGAAGGCGAGACUCGCAAGCUAUUCCAAACCACGGUCGAAAGCCUUGAGGCUAAAUUGGUCCACUUUACAGCCCAACGCGAGGUGAAGAUGUCUGACCUGGCAGCUGUGAAGAAGAACAAUCAUGUUGAAAAGCAGUCAAUUGUUCGAGACGCACCAAACGGCGCUUCUGGACAGUGCGGCAUGUCCCAAAUGCCCCAAAAGCCCCAAGAGACAGAAAUGCACCGGAAUACUCCUAUCAUAAAACAAAAGAAGCAAUCUCUUGAGCACCAACAACGGUUUCCUGCAUGGCCUACGCAGCGGUUAAGGGACAAUGGUCCGCAAAUUCGUCGCGUAAAACUCACCAACCUCUCUAUCAAGUAUACUCCUAACAAGGUAGUAUGCCUUGUCUGGGCCGGCCGCGUCGAAAGGAUUGAACAUCACCUUGGGUCUAACCAGGCAAUGAUACAGUUCCUUUGUGCUAAGGAUUGUAGAGCAUAUCAUGAAGCCACGGCGAACGGUAUUGUGGUGCCUGGAGAAGACCGAGUUGUGGACGUCGAACUUGACCAAGCACCAACUUCUACGAAUGACUACACCCAACAGCUGAUCAAACACGAUGUGUCCGAGUUAUAGGUCCCUGUGAUGUCGACAAGGGCAUCGGAUCGCUCGAGAGACUCGCAACGGCAGACGGACGCAAGCUUGAUAUCGUCAAGCUGGGCAAGACGCCAAGAAGUGGAGUAAGCAAUCCUGAAGCUGACAUCAUCGCCAGAAUAAGACGUGUAAUUUACAGUACUGACCUACUUACUGCAGACUGA